CUCCAUCGGCCAUUUUGUAGGAGAAGCCGCAGCGCCGCCUCUUCUCUCGCGUCCUCGCCUCCGUCGCCGCCGCCUCUUCCUCCGCCUCCUCCUUCGCCUCUUCCUGCCUCCUCCCGGCUUCCGCCGCCGCUGUCGCUCCAGCCGAAUCCCAGCCCCGGGGCGAAGCAUCUCCUUAUUUAUUUCCGUUUUCUCGCCACUGCAGCCUCCUGACACGGUGAUCCGGGCGGGCCCCGCAGGAAUUUUAUCCCUUCACCGGCCUCACACUAGUAUCGCAUGUCCACUAUCCAGAACCUCCAAUCUUUCGACCCCUUUGCUGAUGCAACUAAGGGUGACGACUUACUCCCGGCAGGGACUGAGGAUUACAUCCAUAUAAGAAUCCAGCAACGGAACGGCAGGAAGACACUGACCACUGUUCAGGGCAUCGCAGAUGAUUAUGACAAAAAGAAACUUGUGAAAGCUUUCAAAAAGAAAUUUGCCUGUAAUGGUACUGUGAUUGAACAUCCUGAAUACGGAGAGGUUAUUCAGCUUCAAGGUGACCAAAGAAAAAACAUUUGCCAAUUUCUGUUGGAGGUUGGCAUUGUCAAGGAGGAACAGCUUAAGGUUCAUGGAUUCUAAAAUGAACCUAGAUACGUGGAGAAUUUCUUGAAUAAUUUUGUUCUCUAAAUCCAGUUUGGCUGCCUUGUGAAAUGAUUCUCUGCAGUAAACGGACUUUUCAUUUAUUUAAUCAUUCAGAUUUCCAUUUACAUCUGCAUGACUACAGAAAACAUGGGGUAUGUAGGCUAGUAACACAUAAGAAAAUUGCAGUAAGAUGGUAAUGAAACCCCGUAUUCAUCUUAACAUGUUUCCAAUGGAAAAUAUUUUGUUUUGAGUGUUUAUUUGUUUAUUGUUCAGUUUAUUACUUUUCACUUGAUUAAAUGUUUUUUUGUUGUAUUAAACCAUGUAUGUUGCAGCUUAACAAUAAAAAUAUGAAUUCUUUUGUGAGCAGUUAGGCUCCCAAAUUUAAGCAAGUAAGAUACCCAUACAUUUUGUCUUUCAUAAUUGGAGUUCUCAUUCUGAAAGUAUUCUAAUUAGAUUCAGCUGCUGUUAAACCCAAAGCUAGAAGAGAACCUUUGUUAAAAGUAGCUUGUGUUCUUCAUUUACUGACUUAAAAUAAGAAUAGAAUCGCGUAUAAACUCAGCUAGAGCCAAGAAUCUGUCACAGUGUUAAAUUUUAAAAAAUAAUGUGAAGUAUAAUUUAAACUUAAGUAUUAGCACAUAGAAUUAUUUUCUGUGUCUUUAUUGGUUAUGUCACUGGGCUGCCAAAAUAAGUCUAUCCCUAAGUGCCAGAUAAUGUAAUAGACUUUCAACAUAAAUAAAUUUAGUCACAGGCACUGCUUUGCAAGUGUGGGUGACGAUGCCACCCUACAGCUGGAAGAUACUGGGGUUCAAGUUAACUUCCCUUGAGUGCUAGAAAGUGACAGUUGGGAUGCCAGCCCAGGGCUUCCAGCCAGAAAAGCCAUGUUCUUUCACUACAUCCUGGUGUCAGUGUGUGUUUCACCGAAGGAAGUGAGAGCCGCGGGUGGUGGUGCAUAGCGGCUGGGUGUUGUGUGAGAAAGAGGAUUUGCAGUUCUUAGCUCUGAGAUCUUUGCAGCGCAUCUUUUUGAGUUCCAAACUCACGCUUUUUAUUGAGCAGUAAUCAAGAUGUGUCAUUAAAGCCAUUUAGCCAAGAUGAAGAAAUGCAUCCACAAGUGCAUACUUUUCAGCCGCUGCAGCGGCACGAUGGCAGUGUGACAGCGUCUCGCUGUGCACCAGUGCAGUCUGUACCAGCUGAGCCCGGGCCCCUAUUCUGAUAAAACUGCUUUUGGAAAAACAGACUCAGCCCCCACAGAUUUACCUCUUAAAGACACUUAAGUAAUCGGUUUUGUUACUUUCUUACCCCAUCCUACCUCUAAUCAAGAAAGACAGACAGACUUAAGUGACUAUACCAUAAUAGAGUGUCAAAUUUGGUAAGCUCAUUUCUGGAAAAGCAUAAAUUUGACUAAGAAGAUCAAGAAGUUUGGGAGAAUUCUCCAACUUAACCGAGAAAUCCUCGUUUUUCUACCUGUAACAUUUUGUAAUGAUUCCACCUCUGGUUGAGAGGUGCUGUGGAAAUAGUUUAUGAAAAUGACAAAGCAGAGACUUAACGUUAAUGUGUAAAGUGUUGCCUCUUUGUCUACUGAGGGCCAAGCUAAUGCCCAGCAAAGAACUGUCUAAGAUGAGGGUUGAACAAAGAAGAUAGACAAGGGAAGCCUCAAAAAUGGGAAGGAAAAGCCCCCUCACCUUGGCACCCGUAGCCGAGCAGUUGGUCAUCGCUUCGUGUGUCAGGCCACUCCCAUUGGAUGGGAUCUAAAGCUUUGAGCAAAGCUGGUUUUUGUGAGGAGCGCCUCCUGAUCCUUCAGCCUGUGCAUCCCAGACACAUGGCUGGACUUGUCACCUGUAGGGCAGACCCCAUCCUUACAGCAAGAACAGAUCAUGUACCCUUCUUUCUUGUCUUUGAACAAUGCAAUGGAAAUAAAGGACGUAAUUAAGAAUA